CCCAUGACACCGGAGCGAAGUUCUGACAGCUGAUUCCUAAAUCAGUUCAUAUCCACUUCGUGCCUCCAGGGCGUCAUUUUUAAGGUUAUUUACAGGCGCACGGAGCUGCUACGACCCUCGGCUGGAGUUGCAAACUGCGGCCCGAGUAGAGGAGGGGCGGCUGAUUAUGGUGUAGCGCGGAGCGCUAGCUCUGAGACAGCAGGCAUUUGAGCAGCAGUGCAUUGCAGCACGGUGCACCGUGGUUUUGACAGUCAUAUCACAUCAGCGUAGCCAUGCUCACGUUGGCCAGUAAGUUGAAGAAAGAAGACGGAGGAAAGACAGGCCGUGCCUCCGGAGCCUCAGACUCCACCCACAGGGUCUCAAUCAGAGACCGCCUCCUAACCAAAGAAGUUGCCGAACUUGAAGCCAAUCUUCCUAGCACAUGCAAAGCCAGUUUUCCAGAUGAGGAUAAGCUGCAUCAUUUUCAGCUGGCAGUGUCUCCUGAUGAGGGUUACUACCAAAGUGGAAGGUUUCAAUUUGAAAUAGAUGUCCCUGAAGCCUAUAACAUGGUGCCUCCUAAAGUGAGAUGUCUGACCAGAAUAUGGCAUCCCAAUAUCACGGAGAAUGGAGAAAUCUGUUUGAGCUUAUUGCGGGAGCACUCUAUUGAUGGCACAGGCUGGGCCCCCACUAGAACAUUAAAGGAUGUGGUCUGGGGAUUGAACUCCUUGUUUACUGACCUUUUGAACUUUGAUGACCCGCUGAACAUUGAUGCAGCAGAACAUCAUCUGAGAGACAAGGAGGACUUUCGGAAUAAGGUUCAAGAUUACAUCAAGCAUUACGCCAGAUGAUAGAAGCAUUGGUGACCCGCUGCAGCCUGCACCAACUAACCAAACUGCUCUACCUUGCCUCUGCUUCUCUUGGCCAACUCCCCUCCCACAUGUGUGAAUCAGCAGCUGACUCUUUGACUUGUACCACUCCCCACCCUCUCGACACCACAGCUCUGGCGACGCCCCGCCUCUUCUCUUCACCCAGUUGCAAUAAACGUCACAUCGCAGGAAUGAAAUUAAAAAAAAAAAAGUCACACGUUUAAGAGAGGACUUACAUACACAAGAAAAUAACGCUUUAGUUAAUCGGUCGAAGGUUACAGUGACCACAGUGUCUGUCUGUCGUGGCAAGGCACACGAAUGACGCCACCCUGCUGACGAGCCCGUCGGACACGAGCCACGUGGCGAUGGAAUUGGAUGUGAUGUUUAACUGAAGAAGACAACAAGUCACGCUUGGCUAUUUUUAAAUUUGAUGACUCAAGAGAAAGAUUAUCUGUUACUGUCGGUUCUCUGUUCCAGUGCCUGCCAUGUUUGUGUCACUAAAGUGAAAAUGCAUGUGAGUUCACAAACACGCACGCACGCGCGCACACACACACACACAGUCUGCAGUAAAAGGUGAGCACAUGGAAAAACACACAUUGGUUGGAAGUUGGAAAGCCUGCAGCCCCCAGCCCCAUUAGACAGCAUGUGAAUGACCACACUGACCCAUUUUGUUGUCAUUCUCUCUGCAUGUGUACACACACACACACACACACAUGCACGCAGACACAGCUGUGUGUUUUCAGUUCCAGUGACAUAAAAUACUGCCACAAAAACAGCCAAAUGCACUGUUCAUUUUUCAGCUUCAUCUCUUGUCUCUGCACCACUGCCCUCUUCACUUCUUUGUCUUUUUUUACUGCAUCUGUCUCUGUUACACCCACGCACGCACGCGCGCGCACACACACACACACACAGAGCACAGGUGAGCGCACGUGAAGUUCUGUGUUGCAGAUGGAGAGGUUAAAACGGUACAGUCAAAACUUCUGGCAUGCUGGCUCUUCAUGUAAGCAAUACAACGACUGGUUUUAAAGAAGUGAUGACAUAAGCCUGAGUCUGUUAACAGCACUAAGCAACAAAGUGCUAAACACGGUAAAGAAUCUGGCAAAGAAAGAAAAGUUGGAGGAAACCUUAAACACGACUCCAAAUGACCUCCUGGAUGUACGUAGGCAACACUUAAAAUGACUCAAGUCCGUUCUUCGUCAUCAACCACGUGCACUGCAGCUCCGAACCUUUCCAAAGAUUAUUGAGAGACGUGCAGCCACCUUUCAAUGAUCUUUAAAGUGAGCUGCGAGUAGCUGCAGAGUGUCGUAUCCCACCAGACAGUCCUGACAUUCUCCAGAGUUCAUGUGUGAAAAUGUCUCCAAUGAAGAUCAGUAGGUGCGAAGAAAGCCUUACAACUUUUAAACUCAGUCAUUUUUUUAUUUUAUAGUCACUGUUCAGUGCUGAGCCAAACCGAUAAUUGAGGUUUUUGACUGGUCUGCACAAACCCCCUCGUUCUGCUCCCUUAGUGAGAUUUCCGAGCUGACAGUGUCUUUCUAAAAACGACGCUAUUUCAGUCUCUCCCCCUUUGUAAGCGGACCGUAUGAGAAAACAAUAGCAGAGGUUCAUAAAGACCACUCUAUAAAUGAUAUCUGCAUACAGACGUGCAGAGUCUGCUAUUAUUGUUUGUAGUCAGAGUUCAACUGAUCGGCGAGCAGGCUGUAGUUGCAUGCAGGUGUAAGGCAUAACUGGCCAAAAGAAUAUGAAAACUUGGCCCAAAUAUAUCUCCACUGGGUACAUCAGAAGCCCAGAAGACUUGGAUGCUGGUUCAAGCAGCUACAUUAAAAGGCAGGUUUCCAGAUUGCAUGAAAACAGAUGACAAGAUGACAUGCUAGCAGGAUUACUAGCUAGCCAGCUAGCUAAUGUGAGUGGCUUAGAUCUGUUAGAGACGGCAGGAAGGCGUCAUUCUGGACAUCUAUGAAAUCUAUGAAAGUGCAGUACUUAACAAAGCUAUUGGAACACCUGUCAUAAAAACAGGAAUCACAAAUAUUUGAGAAUUCUGUCAAAAAUAUGUUUCUGUUCUUUGUUUAUGCAAAAACAAACUGAUUUUACAUUUUUAUAGGUAAAUUUGAUCCGCAGCACUUCUCUGAGACGUCACAUUCAACAAUUAAAACAAAUUUUUCUAUUCAGUAAUGCAAGUUAACAUGUAAUUUGGCAUCUUAAUAAAAAAAAAAAAUAAUAAUUGCUAAUAAUUGUGAUUUACUUUUUCAGUGUUUUUGUGAAACAGGAAAUUUAAAAUGUCAGGGAUCAUAACAAUAACUAUAUUUUACCAUUUAAAAAUCUAAAUUUGAUUAAAAGCUUGUGCGUACUGCAGGAUUAAGCAUUACAGAAACAUAAACAGUGAUUUUGGUCAUUACUAAUACUUUUAAUUUAGGGCAGCAGUGGCGUAAACCUUACCCUGGGUGGGGUCUAAUAAAUGUGUGGAGCUCUGCAGGCUUGGUCACAGUCAAAAACUGGGAAAAAGGGGGAGGUUAAAAAAACUGCACAGAUUUGGUGGGAAACACUCUUGAGGCAGUUGGCAUGUUUGACACUGGAUUAAUUUGCUACCUCGAGUGCUAGUUAACUAGUUAAACUGUAUUGGCGCCUCUCGGUUGACUAGAGCAGAUUAUGCUUUGUGGGAUGGCUGCUAGGAAUUCUGGACUAACUAGAUAAUGUCUCCAUGAACCUCUGCUGCUGUGGGUUUUGGCUAGUGAUUGUGUUUUUAUGUGUGUGUGUGUGUGUGUGUGCGUGUGUCAGAGUGCAUAUGUCUGUGAGUGGCUUUUGCCCGGCCCUGGCUAUUGCUGUGCCUCCGGUUUGAGUCUGUAAGCAUCGCCUGUUUUCACCUGUUCAGCUUUGUUUUCACGUCUGCAUGAGGAAAAAGUCUCUGUGCGAGUGUUGCAGUCUACCGAGGAUGUGGAAAUGUAGAGGCAGAAGAUUGAAUUUUUGUGUAGGAAGUGUGCGUGUAAGAUUAACAAAAAUGACAGUUUGUGCUUCUGGAGUGUGUCUGUGUGUGUGUGUGUGUGUGUGGGCAGUUACAGUGUGACUUGUGGAGACGAUGUGACUUGUUAGCAUGCUCUGGUUUCCUCUUUCCCUUCUUUUUUAAAAUCUGGAUUCAUCAGCUCAGAUCAUUUUUAUUUUCUUAGCAAACAGAACAACACAAAACACCCGACUCUGCCAAAAUAAAAGACCCAGGAGUUAAAAAAAAAGAGUGAAAGCAGUCCCAGAUCUGGCUACCCCACGCUUCUUCUGUCUUUAAAGUUCAUUAAUUGGCAACAAAUUGUCACGGUAGUUUUUGCCUCAGCCCAACGCUCAGUGCUUUUUCUUGGCCUUAAUAAUACUUUUGCUUGCUAUUGGAGAUCUUGUUAUCGGUGUCCUUUAGUUUGGCAGUUUGUGGUGUUGGAGGUAAUUUUGUUUUGUUUCCUCCUCUUCUUCGGAUGUUUCUCUGGAAAUGUCUUCGCUUCAGUUAAACUCCAGAGCCAGAGGAACGAGAUUAACAAUCUGUUCUUCUUCAGAUCCUCGACGUUUUCUUUCUCAGAUUGUAUAUCCAUUUUUUAAGAUAUAUUAAAGAGUAUAUAA